GGGGGAGGUGAUGGAGGUGGCGGAGGAUGACAAGGAGACGGUGGAGGGGGGGGAGAAGGGGGGGGAGGCGGCGGCAGAGGGGAGUGGCGCGGUGGAGAAGGGGGAGGCGGGUGGUGGGGCGGGGGCGGGGCUCGCAGAGGGCGCCUCGCAUCGUGAGCGCCCCGCGCAUCCCCCGGGCAAGUUCGAGCCAAUCGCGAAGCGGCGGCGGGGCUUGCUCGCCGCCGAUGCCGCCGGGGCAGAGGACGCGGCGCUCGCUUGGGACGUUUGGUACGCUCGCGAGGAGCGCUCGCCGCGGCCCAAGCGGUCGCGCGUCGGGGCGUCGUCCGACGUCGAGGGCGAGGAGGGGAACGCACCGCGGCCAACCCGCGCCGCGCCACAGCCCCCACCGCCGCCGCAGCCCCCACCGCCGCCGCGUGACCGGUCUCGGACGGGGGCCGAGGCCCGCCACGCCGCCGCUAUGGCGCGGCUCGCCGAGGCAGCCGCUCGGGGCAGGGAAGGCGGAGGCGGAGGCGGAGGAGGCGGCGGCGGCGGGCGCGGAGGCGCAGGUGGAGGCGGCCGCGCCGCCGAUGCGUCGCGAGCCGUGCAGGAGCUCGACGAGGAGGGGUUGCCGCUGCGCGACAAGAACGGGCUGCUCCUCUCCGAGUAUGAGCGGCAGCGCCUGGCCACCAUCCGAGAGAAUCAGCGCUUCAUGGCGCAGCUGGACCGGGAGAUGAACGGGCUGUGAUGCCGGCCGGCCGCAUUGUCGUUGUGUGUCGGUCCCGUUCAAGAAUAAACAACUCUUACCCGA